UAUAAAACUAAUGCAAAUUGAAUAUUUAAAAUAAAUGAUUAAAACAUGUCUAAUUCGAUGAUUGCUUCUAUUCAUUCACAACUUAUUCCAUCACAACAAAUCUUAUUGAUUCAAAGUGGAAUUUUAAUAUUAAUAAAUGCGGAAACUUCGGAUUUAAAUCCGAGAGUUAUGUGUACUUCAAAAAGUGAAUCAUACAAAUCAAUCAUCCUAGACUGUCUGAAUAUCAAAAUUAUACUGUGAAAUCUACCAUUUAAAAUGUUAAUUUCUAUUGCGCGUUGCCAAACCAAUAGGACAUGGGACCGAAUACAGCUCAAGUUUGAACUCUUUCCCUUGAUUUACCCUAAGAAAGUCGUUUUUCCUAUAACUUCAUUUCUAUUGGUCACUGCACAACUAAUAGUAUUUCGAUGGAAGUGCAGUACACAUUCGAGCUCCCCAUAUCUGAAAACCUCGAAGUAUCAUCAGUGUGACCGGAAGAUAAAGCUCUAUUUGUGGAUCAAUUAGAUCGUGGACCAAAAUAUAACCUAGUUCUCUUUAAUUGUCCUUGUCAUUGGUAAGUCAACCUUCUUGUUUCUUUAUGUUUUAUAUAUCAUUUUGUAGUUCUUGAAAUUCUCUAUCGAAUGGUAUAUAAUAGUUGGGGUUUUAAUUGACUAUGAUAGGAAAAGUCUUUUACGAAAGUCGCGAUGGGUCCAUUUUUCCACAGAAAGCUAUAGGGAAAAAUGGGUAUUUUUGCAAUAACUCAGGAACGGCUUGGCCGAUCCUUCUCGUCUUCGAACUCGACCGAGACAUUGUCAAGACUAAACUGUGUAGAAAGUUUCAUCGCAAUCUGACUCUGCUGUCAAAAGUUAUCAUGUAAACAGCCAACCGGACGGACGGACACACUGACUAUUCUAUAGUGUACUCACUUUUUGAGUACACAAAACUAUGAUUCAGUUCAAAACUAAUAUCCGAUUCAGAAUCAGCAUUAAAAACUGAGCCGAUUUAUGUAUUUUGUGAAUAAUUAUGAGCAAAAAAUGUUUUUUCGAAAAAUCCCCGUACCCCCCUCAGGGAUGGUCUGGUCAAAAAUCACAAUUUUUUCGAUAACUCAGCCAUUUCUUGACGGAUCCUUCUCAUCUUCGAACUCGACCGAGAUAUUGUUAAGACUGAACCGUAUAGAAAAUUUCAUCGCAAUCUGACUCUCCUUUCGAAAGUUAUCGUGUAAACAGAUGGCCGGACACACUGACCGAUUCUAGAGUGUACUCACUUUUUGACUACACAAAAGUAUGAUAAAUCUAAUGUACCGGUGUCAACAAAAACGACAUUUACAUCAUCUAUUGUUGAUUUUAUAACAGAAUUUAUAAAUGAAAUCAAUGUAUGUACAUAGAGUUUGAUCAUAAAUAUUAUUAGCAGUAUGAUGAGAUUUUAACUACUGUAUGUAUUUCGUGUUGUGCGAGCCAAACUCUAGGAUGGGGAGAACCAUAUAUAUAUUUUUAUUCUACAGUGAUAAACAAUAAUUUUUGUAUCAUGUUUAGGAUUUAAUAGCACAUAUUGACCGUGUACGUCAACAGUUUCGAGCUGCAAAACAAGCAAGACAAGCGGCUAUGGAACAGGAAGAUACAAUUACAAUACAUUUGGAUUGGUCCGAAAACUUCAAAUUGAAACAACCACGACAAGAAAAAGGCGAGUGA